CCGGCACACCAUGUUCUCUCUUACUACGAGGGGUUGUCGUCUUUCAUUGCUUCCACGCUGCAACGCAAGCAUCCGCAGCAGCAGAGUGGCAAGUAACUAUUAUUCAUCGUCUUCCGGGCGUACCACGCAGGAUGAUGUUCAUCGUAUUGGAAAAUUUGUGUUGGGUUCCUUGUUCGCGAUGGGGACAAGUUAUUAUAUCUUCCAGUACCGCGAACAAGGAUUGAUACCAGCGAGACUGGAAGCUGGUGCUGCUACCAUCCAUGCCACAUCUACUAAGUUCGGCGAGCUCUCGUCCGUGCACCUCCAGAAAAGUGGCCCAGAAGAACUAUUCAGUGCAAGUGGUGCAGGAGGCAUAACCGACGUGUUCGGGAGCUCCUCAUCCUCAACGCCUACCUACGGGUCUCCCGAAGACAUUCGAAAAGCAAUUGAGGAACUACGCGACGCCUUCCCUGAUAAGAAUUGCGUUCAGACCAGCCCAGAUUCCCUUCGAGUGCAUGGCUCCUCCGACCAUUCGUAUCACCCCAGUCUUCCUCACUCGGUUGUAGUCAGGGCACAUAGUACAGACGACGUGGUAAAAGUCGUCAAUAUCUCUCGCAAGUACAGGGUUCCCAUCAUUGCGCUCGGCGGCGCCACGAGUAUAGAGGGCCAUUUCACCGGUUUCCCUUCGGGUAGCAUAUGUCUUGACCUGUCUGCGAUGAAUAGCAUUUUGGAAAUAAAUGAGGCUGAUGGUGAUCUGCGGUGUCAGCCUGGAGCAAAGUGGGAAGAUAUAAACAAUACAUUAAAAGACAGGGGUAUCCCUCUAUUCUUCCCUCUUGAUCCAGGUCCUGGAGCUACCAUCGGCGGCAUGAUUGGUACAGGGUGUUCAGGGACCAAUGCAGUCAGAUAUGGAACUGCUAAAGCAGAAUGGUUCCUCAAUGUCACGGUCGUCCUUCCAUCUGGCAAAGUGAUCAAGACCCGUCGGCGGGCGCGCAAGUCUUCCGCUGGCUUCGACACUACUAAACUUUUCAUCGGUGCUGAAGGAACGCUUGGAAUAGUCACGGAGGCUACGUUGCGAUUGGCUCCUGUGGUACCCACUAAAGUUGCCAUGGCACAGUUCCCUGACGUCGAGAAAGCAGUUAGCGCCGUUCAGCAGAUCCUUAAUACUCCACACGGUCCCCACAUACAAUGCGUGGAGCUGUUAGACGACCACAUGAUGGCAGCCAUUAACACUGCUGGGGUGGUUGAUGCUCCUUAUCCGGUGCAGGAUACUCUCUUCUUCAAGAUUCAAGGGUCCCCUGAAUCUAUCCGUGACACCUCCGAUGCCGUGCAAGAGAUUGUACAACGUCAUGGUAGCACUCGAUUUGAGUUCGCGGCAACAGAGGAGGAGGCAGGUGAGAUGUGGGAAAAUCGAAAAUAUGCUUUCUUCUCGACACUAGCCACGCACCCUGGUUCAAAGGUUUGGACAACUGAUGUAUGCGUACCGGUUUCCCGACUUCCGCAGCUAGUCUAUGAAACCAAAGAGGAUCUUGCUAAGGCUGGUUUGAAAUCGACUAUUGUUGGGCACGUUGGUGACGGUAACUUUCACGCGCUCAUUUUAUUCAAAGACGAAGAAGAACUGCGGAGCGUCGGUGAAGCGGUUCACAGAUUGGUCCAUCGCGCCAUCCAAAUGGAUGGGACAUGUACGGGCGAACACGGUGUAGGGGUAGGCAAAACAGAGUAUCUUGUGGAAGAACUGGGCGAAGAUACCGUGGAACUGAUGAAAAUUGUCAAAAGUGCGAUCGAUCCUCUGAACUUGUUUAAUCCUGGAAAGUUGUACCCAGAAAAUAACAAGGACGAGACACAUAAAUGACUUGAUCGCUAGCGACGUAAUUCACAGACCCUCCGAGUCUGAGGACAGCUUACUUCUUAGAUAACCUUCUUGAAUUAUACGUCCCAUAUUCACGAUGGCUAGAACUUUCCUAGACCCGAGAAGCAGCAUCUACCAGAGGGGGGUCGCACGUUGGCACUCUUCCCUCGCCCACCUUUGACAGUGAUCACAAAUUCUUUUGAGUCAGCCAGGUUUAGUC